AGCAACGGCGCUGGGCCGCGGCGGUCGCGCAGGUGAGGCCGCGCCCGCAGCUCCUCGGUACCGCUCGGUGCCGCUCGGUGCCGCCGGCCGAGCUCUUCCUCCGCGGGGACGAGGCGGCGGACCGGCGCGGCGGGGCCGCUUCGGGUGUGCGGUCCGCUCGGGCCGCGUUCCGCUGCCUCACGCCCUCGGGCAGUGGCCGCGGGCACGCCCCGGGCUGGGGUGUCCUCUAGGCCAAGAAGCGACUCCUCCUGCUGAAGAGAGGAACACAGAGCCCUGUUCCUCUUAGCUGGCUGUGCUGCAGCACUUUGCUGAACUCCAGGUAGUCCCUCUGCCCCUUCCUGGAGUCUCUGUGGAAGGACCAUGGAAGAAACUGAGGAGGAAAAAAAGGACGAGGCUGAUUAUAAAAGGCUUCACAGUUUUCCUCUGAUUAGGCACUCGGACAUGCCGGAGGAGAUGCGCGUGGAGACCAUGGAGCUGUGCGUCACAGCCUGUGAGAAGCAUGCCACCAACAAUGAGAGCGCUGCCAAGAUGAUCAAAGAGACGAUGGACAAGAAAUUUGGGUCCUCCUGGCAUGUGGUGAUUGGGGAAGGUUUUGGCUUUGAGAUUACCCACGAGGUGAAGAACCUGCUGUACAUGUUCUUUGGUGGCAGCCUGGCUGUGUGUGUCUGGAAGUGCUCCUGACCCCUGUCCGGGUCCCAGACUUGCUGAAUACAAGAGAUUUCUUCCUGCUUUUGACAAGUUUUGUAUGAUCUGGAGGUGGGGCUUUAUUUUUAAUACUUAAAUGUCAAGAUUUCUUUUUUUCAUACUGACGUAACAGUUCUGUGGGAUACAUAAAGUUGGUGCAUUUGUGUGUGUAUAAACUUGCUAAACUGUCCUGUCCUUGCUUGUGGGAUUUCUCAUCUGUCUGUGGCUCUUUCCUUGGUGUUUGAGCUGGAGCAGGAGGGAAGUGAGGAAUAGGUAAUCUCACAACACACUGAACAGCAGCGCUAGCAGGGGAAAGCGAAAGCAAGAAGGUGCUCUCUAGCCCCAUGGUUUUUCUUAACUGCCCUUUAUUCCACAUAGCUUUCCUCGCUUUGCUUUUUCUGCUACCAUGCAGUAUGGCUCUGACCAGCACCUGUCUUUCCCCUCUCUGGAUGCUGCUUACACAUUCUUCCUUUCUUCUAAGAUGUCUGUGCAGACCUGACAGCACCGAGGGUCUCCCUUCAGGCUGUCUGUGGAGGUGUGAGCCACAGGGAAGCAGUCCCAGCUUGCCCUUCCCUGCUGUUUUGGGAGGGUACAACAGCUGAGCUGCCUGGGUGUAGGAGGUUGCUAUGCAAACUGCCCCCUCCUUUCUCACCCACAGCAUACUGAGACAGCAUGAAAACACAGGCGGCUGACGAUGCCUGAGGAGUGGGUGAGAGCUCUUUUUAAGGCUCAAAUGCCUCCCUGUCAGUUCCUGGGGGUGUUGCAAGUGCUGUGUACUUUCAGCAUCUUGUUUGGAGGCUGACAGAGAAAGGAGGCUCCAUGUGAAAUAUAACUUGGUCAUCAGAAACCUAAUGUCUUUCUGGACUUGCAUUCUUUUAGCCCGUUUCAUUUUUUAAAGCUGUUGGUGUUGGAGGAUCGAAUGAGUGUAACUAUGUUACAUGUAUGGCCUAUUUAUAAAACAUGGGGAACUGUGUUUUUACAAUAAAAGUUUAGUAAAAUGUC